AUGAUGAAUGUAACUCGAGAUGUAGAAUUUGAACCUCUACUCGUCUUUGCUGCUUGUACCACCUUGGUGCUGAUUCGCAGGGAGCUUCGAGCUCUCAUUCGCGGCAUACGCCGCCGCGUCGUGGUGCACGAGGUUAGGACCAAGCAAGCCAAAGAAGGCAGACUCAUCUCCAAAGCCACCCUGCUACGCUGCCAUCGGACGGCUGGGAGAAAAAUACCUGCCCUUCUAGACGGCCUCGAGUCCAGCCCAGACACCAGGCAGCAGUGGCGCUUCUAUGGCUACCUGACCGGCUACCUGACCUGCAUCACGGGCCAUCGCUGUGGGGUCUUCCAGAACCUGACCAUCCAGGAGGUCCAAGAGGCUUCCAGAAGCCCGGACGAGUCCGCCUAUGUCAUAAACAUCACCACGCACAAGACAAACCGAGCCUUCGGCGCGGCUCAGCUGUCUCUCAACAAGGAAGAAUACAGCUGGUUCCGGAGGUUUUUGCAGCUGCGGGCUAGCCUCCCCGGGGGGAGCCAGGCCUCCUAUUUUUUUUUUACUUCCAGACCCAGUCCCUGUCGAACCCUGAACAAAUAUUUUCAAUCUGCAUGGACCAGCAUGGGGCUUCCCGGCAAGCCCACCUUCACUGACGUCCGAACUGCCAUCGCGACCCACGCAAAGAAUUCACAUUCUUCCGAGGAUCGCAGGAAGGUGGCCCAAUUCAUGUGCCACGAUACCUCAACCUCAGACAAGUUCUACGCGCUUCACCUAGGCCCUCUCCAAGCACGUGAGCACCGCAGACUCUUCGAGAGGGCCUUGGUGGAGGAGGAGGAGGAGGAGGAGGAGGAGGAGGAGGCAGCGGGCAGAGAACGCCACUCAAGGAAGGGGCGCCAGAGGGCAGAGAGUCCCGGGUCACCCAUGGAGGGAACUAGCAGGAGGACGCUGCCAUGGCCGCCUUCGAAGGGGAAACGCCCCCUCGAAGCAACCGAAGACUCUGAAUCUUCCUAAAUAAAAAUUGAACAAUAAAGGUCA